GGCACGGCGCCAUGGCGGAGUGGGCUCUGCGAGCGAGAGGGGGCGGAUCGGGGGCUUUGGGCCCGGCGUUGCUUCCGGCCCGGGGAACGUGCCGGUGCUGCGGGAGGGGGCGCAGGGUGUUAGACACCGGCGGAACCCGGGGCUUGGUUACGCUCCCUCCCCGAAAACGGCAGCUGCCUGCUCCGUGUCGGGUCUGUUCUAGGCGGUAAAGAGCGGCUGUGGUAGCUCAGGUUUUGCCUCCUGUCUGUGACAGUGAAAUGGGGAGCGGGACGUAAAGUAAGGCGGAGGACUGAAUUAUAUGUUAUGUGAAUAUUUUAGAUUUCUUUCUUUUCUGGUAGUAGAUAUGAUACUCCUGAUGGCAGCUAAUAUCAGUUCCCGGUAGGAACUGUCAUGCCUGGUCUGUGCUGUUACCCAUAUAUGUGUAGUCUGGCGUCUCCUUGACGCCAUGAAUUCAGAAAUCAUGUACUGUGAGGGUCAAUUCCACCACCUAAUUAAAGAGGAAUUUAUUUUUUUUUUUAAAGUUUAAUGGGGUCUUUUUAUAAUUUGUUGUGAUAUUUUAUUUUCAAACAAUUUCUUGUCUGUCUUUUCUGUUUAAUUAAUAAGUGUGGCUCUUUUUUACCAAAUCAGAAGCAUUUUCCUCCUUUUUAGCAUAAGUAUUUUUCUAUCUUUGCAAAUUCUUUAAUUUAAAUGUGCGCUUCUGUACCAGUCCAUCUUUCUGUUUAGAGCAGUGUACAAAUAACAUUUAUGUUUAGAUUGUUCUACCAGCUCAUAUAGAAUUCACGUGUCAUUUCCCUCUCUCUCCCCUCCCCUCACAAUGAUUUUGCUGUUCAUAAAGACUGAAGAUCUUGGUUUUAUUUGAAGUAGCAUCAUUUUCCCUGCAAACUAAGAAGUCACACAGAACAGAUGGCGUUGUCAGACUCAGUCACUACUUGUCUUUCUCUACCUGUGCAUUAUCUGAUUUGUAAACUUGGAUUUGAGAAGACAGAUGCCUAUGAUAUUAAUAAUAUUUUAUCUGAAAAUGGUGAAGUGUGUUGGCACGCUGUUACAGAGCAUGUGUGUUACCUUCAAUCAGAUCAAAGUGUGGAUUAUGUCAAAAGUAUACGAUCGUUAGGACCUGUAUGUGAAUCUGUUAAUUUGCACUUCAAAUCUCUGACCAAGGAGCAAUUUGUAAUUAAGUAUGCAUUGUGGUUCCACUGGACAAACUGCACAGAGUUAUUUCUUGAAGUAUUUGAUGUUCUACAAUAUACACAAAGUACAGAAGUUGCUCUUGGAUUAAUGAAGCUAACAUCAUGCCUAGAACGAGCCUUGGGCAAUAUGAAUGUACUCAGGGUAUUCAUUGGAUCUCCAUAUGGUCUGAAUCUUCGUAAUGUUUUGUGGCAUGGGUUUGCAUCCCCAAAAGAAAUUCCUGCCAAAUACUGUGCUAUGCUGCUUUUUUUAACUGCAGGAUUGGGUCAGUUGUUACGGACAUAUCUUCUGCAAAAUAAAUGCAUUUUAGUACAUCGACCUUACGUGAUCUUCGUUAGCUUAGAGGAGCUUGAUGUAUUUCCAGAUCUUAAUCAUGAAGCAGUUUCCAUAGCUGAAGAGCUAGUAAACCUGUCCAGUUUUGUAUUAAAACCAAUGAUACCAUUUUGGAUGGCUGCUUUAACAGCUUUCAAGCGAAGCAGGUAUGCUGACUGUGUGAUUUUCUUACUUCCUCAGCUGGAAGUUGGACUUAGAUUGCUCUUCACUACAACUAAUAAAUGUCCAAAUCGAUUGCUAACAGCUGAGUCUUCUGCUCUCUACACCACUUUUGAUGAGAUGCUAGUAAAGCAUUUGGAUAAUGAAGAAGUCAACCAGCUCCCUGCAGUUCUCGAGGAGCCUGCCAUGGAAUUUCUUUGGGAUUUCUUGAACCACCAGGAGGGUCCACGUAUAAGAGAUCGUUUAAGCCAUGGAGAGAUCAAUCUAGAAACAUUUCCCAGAGAAGUAGCUAAUCAGUUAGUUGCAUUUGCAAUUACUCUUCUCUGCAGGUUCUCAGAUGAGGACAUGUUUGCUUUUAAGGAACACAUGGUCGUAAAACCACUGAUGAACUGUGCAAGUUGCUACUGCUCUCGAUUUCAUCCAAUUGCCCGACUCAAGAAACAGGUACUGGAAUGUAUGAAGAGCAUUCACUUAUGGCCUGAAUUACCAACAGUGCCUGAGGAGCAAGUUCAAACAGUUAAAGGAUUGGAAGGAAAUACUGAAGCUAGUACUUUGAUUUUGAUGAUAUCUGAAAUUCUAUCUCAGUUGCAACAAUACAUGCCCCAGACUUGCUGUAGUUCAGAUGAUCCGAUUAACAGUGUCUUAACUGAGAGGCUGUUGAUUGAGCUUUGUGAUACACGUAUUUGCACACUUUAUUCUCCACGACCUGUACUGGAAAUGCUGGUGGUACUCCGUAAAAUAAGCACACAGUGCCAUCAAGUGUCUGAACAAGUUAUUGCCAGCACCGAGUUGAGAUACAAACAGUGGAUGAACAAGACUCUGCGUUCUCGCCAGAGGCAUAACUAUCUACGAAUGUUGAACAGCAUUAAAUUUUUGUCUCCAGUGUUGCGGCUCAUCUUAGUGUUGAUGACUGUAGAACUAGUCAACAUUCAUCUGGUCUGUAAGAAGAAUCCUUCUGAUUAUCAGCAGUAUCUAAAGUUUUUGAAGUCAGUCUUGCAGUAUACUGAGAACUUGGUGACAUACACCAGCCCCGAGAAAAACAAGUGGGAUGAAACCCUGGAGCUGACAAACAAGAUUUUGAUAAAAAUAAAGAGAAUCAGUGACAGAAAGCUAAUGUUAAUGCAGCUAACUACAUAAUGGCUUUAAGGUUGUUUGGACAUUGUUAUAUCUUAAAAGUUAUGGAGUCCUCAAAUUAGAUGAGUCUAAUUCAAAGACAGACUUCAUGAGUCACUGUCAAAUUUUGGAUGCAAAAUUUAGUCUUUUUAUUUGAAGGUGACUGUUGAAACUGGAGUUGUAUGAUCAAGCUUCUGAAGAACAGACUGUUUGCUAAAUCCAGUGAAAAAGAUUUACUGAGCUAAAUCAGGAUGAUGCAAGUCCUGCUUUAAGUUUAUUAUGCAUUUUGUAGCUUGGAUUUUUUUGUUGGUUAGUUGGUUUUUCCUAGUUUUCUAUUAUUGUGGUUAUUAUUGUAUUUUUCUACUGAAAAUAUCCAAGAAAAGAGUGUGAAUAAAAACUCUGGAAAAUUUUAAA